AUGGCGCACAUGUGCAGGCAGGUCACCGGCAGCGCGGCGAGCUGUGCGGGCUGGGUCGGGAUCAUCGUCGCCACGGCCACCAACGACUGGGUCCGGACCUGCGACUACACGGUGGCCACCUGCGUCCGCAUGGAGGAGCUGGGCUCCCGGGGCCUAUGGGCAGAGUGCGUCAUCUCCCCGGCGCUUUAUCACUGCGUGGCCCUGAACCAGAUCCUCACCCUGCCCGCCUACGUCCAGACGUCUCGUGCUCUGAUGAUCUGCGCAUGUCUGCUCGGUCUCCCUGGGAUGCUGCUGGUGCUCAUGUCGAUGCCCUGCGUCAGGCUGCAGAACGACACCUCCACCGUCAAGCAGCGCCGCGCCCGGGUGGGAGGCGUCCUCUUCAUCCUCAUGGCCGUGUGUGGCAUCAUAUCGACCGUCUGGUUCCCCAUCGGUGCCCACCGGGAGGAGGGUCUGAUGUCGUUUGGUUUCUCCCUGUACGCCGGCUGGGUCGGCUCCGCUCUCUGUCUCCUGGGCGGCUCUGUGAUCUUGUGUUGCCAUGGCGUCGACCCCGGGACCCCGCGCAGGGAGAACAGCUUCUACUACUCCAGACAGGGCGGCACCGCCAUGCCGCUGGACCCCCCCGCCAACCACGCCAAGAGUGCACGAGUGUGA